UUUCCUUUUUGUUUACACAAAUGCUUGUUGGCAUGUUGGCUGCUGGGAAUUUUUCAGUGAACAUCUGCAACAGAUAAGAUUACACCAACGCUGCACUGUACCAGUUUUAUUUGUGUAAUGAGCGCAUGAAGAACAACUGAAAGUAUUCAUUUUGACAGAUCAGUCUUUCAGUUUGUUGCCGAAAUGAAAGAUCGAACGCUCCUGACCCUCACUGCUGUGAUUGUGCUCCUUCUAAUCUUUUUCCUGAUUUCAUUUGAUGCACAGGAGAAGGCACAAAAUGUUCUUGGGUACAAUAAAAUUAUCUCAGAAUUCACAACAGGCACUGCUAAAGUAGUACCAAAGUGCAACCUUUCUGCAGUCUGUCCCUCGGACCGCUUUGCUUUUAAAAUCUGGAGUGGAGCUGCUAAUGUAGUUGGUCCAAAAAUCUGCUUUGAUGGUAAAAACAUUAUGAGUCACAUUAUGAACAAUGUGGGACCAGGACUAAACAUUGUGGUGGUAAACGGUGAGAAUGGAGUUGUAGAAAAGUUUGGCUAUCUUAACAUGAUUAGUGGAAACUCGGCAGUCAUCUUGGCAUACCUGAAGGAGAUAAAACCAGGAAUGAUUGUGCUGGUGGCCUCCUUUGAUGAUGUAGCAACAAACAGGAUGACAGAUGAAAUAAGGCAGAUGUUUGUCGCGAUGGGAAGCACUUUGAUCGACUCUGUUAAGCAGAAAGACAACUGGGUGUUUGCUGGAAGAAUGGGGAUAAAAAUCAAAAGCGUCUUUGAGCAGCGAGCUGAGAGUGAUAAGAAAACAAACGUUUUCGAGGGAUGGCCAGAGAGGGUGGAGGUGGGCGGCUGUUUCCCAAGAACCACGAGUGUCUAAAAGUUUUCAUAAAUAAACUUUGAAGAUGUCCUUGGAAAAGACUUGAAGCUAUGGAAAGUAUUUUAUUCUGCAGAAGUAAACAAACACUCUAAAUGCAUCCUCACCCUUCCUUACAUAGUGGUCACUGCGGUGGGCAACCACUCAAAGUCCACAUAAACCUUAUUAAAAACAUAAAAACAUGAACCAGGUGGAAAGUAAUGCUGGACACGUGGUGAAUGUUUUGAAUGUCCCUCUGUUGUACAAAAUCCUUGCAGGCAAAAACAAAUAAUAAUCAAAUAAAUAACAAUCUGAAUUAAUUGUCAAAAUCUUUAUCUUCUCAUUUUAUACUUGGAGGAUUGGAAAAAAUUACCUGUCCAAUGAGGAGGACAUUAUGCAUCAAUGGUUAUGUUUUAGCAAUACUGGAAAUGAGCUCUUCCUGGAAAUACUUGAACAGCAGCACCUGUUCCUGCAUCAAAAAACAAAACCAAACAAACAUACUUUUACUACUAGGCUGUACUUUUGAGAUUAGUUCAAUUUUGCUUGAAGCAGUUUGUUGUAUUUUACUUAUUUUCUAUUUUUUCACUAUGUAAGUCUGAAGACCUAUAGGUGGCACACAGGAGCUUGGUCAAGUGAGCAAAAAUUUAGUACCCUAAAGAUUUUUCUCGGGACAUGAAUGAAGGAUUAGGAAAUAAUAAACAUAGUGAUUCUCAGAAGCUGAGUGAGUAUUUUCCUUAGUCGUACCAAUAGGUUGGUGGUUUGGGUCAUUUAGUGCUCAGAGGUUAUUUGUUAAAUUCCAGGGGCAGGCAAAGCAGCAGAGCUAAGAGGAACGAGUUG